CCGCCGCGCUGGUGCCGGUGCCGCUGCCGCCGCCGUUGCCGCCUCCCUGCCGGCAAGUGUGGGAAGGAGGAGCUGAGGGCCGCCGCCGCCGUUGCCGCCAUGGGGAGGAAGUCAAGCAAAGCGAAGGAGAAGAAGCAGAAGCGGUUGGAGGAACGAGCAGCCAUGGAUGCAGUCUGUGCCAAAGUGGACGCUGCCAACAGGCUUGGAGACCCUCUAGAGGCUUUCCCAGUGUUCAAGAAAUACGAUCGAAAUGGGUUAAACGUCUCCAUCGAGUGUAAGCGAGUGUCUGGACUGGAGCCAGCCACUGUGGCUUGGGCCUUCGACCUGACCAAAACCAACAUGCAGACCAUGUAUGAGCAAAGCGAAUGGGGCUGGAAGGACCGAGAGAAACGCGAGGAAAUGACGGAUGACCGAGCCUGGUACCUCAUUGCUUGGGAAAGCAGUUCGGUUCCUGUUGCCUUUUCUCACUUCCGGUUUGACGUGGAGUGCGGGGAUGAAGUCCUGUACUGCUAUGAAGUGCAGUUGGAAAGCAAGGUGCGGCGGAAAGGCCUGGGGAAGUUCCUCAUACAGAUCCUGCAGCUCAUGGCCAAUAGCACACAGAUGAAGAAAGUUAUGUUAACUGUAUUUAAGCACAAUCAUGGCGCCUACCAGUUCUUCAGAGAAGCGCUGCAAUUUGAAAUCGAUGACUCUUCCCCCAGCAUGUCUGGUUGCUGUGGAGAGGACUGCUCCUACGAGAUCCUGAGCCGGAGGACCAAGUUUGGGGACAGCCAGCACUCCCAUACGGGCGGGCACUGUGGCGGCUGCUGCCACUGAGCUCCCAAGCUAGAAUGCUCUCUCCAAGGCCUGUCCUCUCCCUGGGCUCAUGCUGCUGGCCAAGUGCCCUCAGAGCUGUGGCCUCCUCAGCCCUGCACAUGCCAGGCUGCAGCCUGAGGGCACAGAACCCUGGGGUGGAGUGGUCCGAGCUGCCCGUCCUCCGCUCCCCUAGAAGAACAGAGUGCCCUGAAGGAGCAGAAAGGAGAGGGUGCUGGGGGAAGAGCUGACGGAGGCCGGGCAUGACGUGGACCCUCUCACAGCGGCUGCCUUCUCGCUCGGCCCUUGUGCCCUUGAGCAUGAGGUUCCCCAGCUUCUCUGCAGAUGGAUUCCUGACAAGCCCCCCCUCCCCCUGCCACACACACACACUUGGACAAAUGGGGAGUUUUAUGCCCACCUUUAUAAAAGUCCCGGAGCCCUGGGUCAGGGUCUGGCUGGUCCCCAACGAGGAACGGACUGAGUGCAAGAUCUGAACGUAGCUAUAGGCUUCGCAGAGAGUCCUGUUUUGGAGCUGAAUGCUCUGAUGGAGACUGUGGGGAGGUCCUUUGUGCCACAACACUGGGAAGCAAGGGAGCUCUUUCUAGCUGUGCUUUUAUGGACCCACAGUUAGUGUGGAGGCAUCCCAGGGGACCGGCCCGAUAGGAGGAAGGCUCCAUCCCUCUCUGCCUCGCUGUUGAUAAGAGGAUGAGAGGACCCGGAACAAGGUGUGGAUGGGGGCGGGGGGGCAUCCCCCAGGAAGAGAGUUGGCUUCUCUGGGUUUUCGGACUUUGCUGCAUUCUAGAUGAACCUCUUGAUCUGGCAGCGACUCGAGCUCUCCCUUCAUAGAAACAAGCCAGAGGUCCUGCCAGUUCCUCUCCAUCGCCUCCCCACCACUUGUCCUCCCCCGGCUCACCUCACAGCUCACCUCACCCGAUACCUCUAUUCUUACUCUCAAGGGGGGAGGAUUACAUUAGGGAGCCCCCCAUCUUCCCCCAGAAGGACCCCUCGUUCCUGGCCUCUUCAGUGCUAUUGCCUCUCAUAUCUUGGUGCUGAUCGCUCUCUGAAGGUGGCGCUGCCCUCCCUUUGCAGAGAGCCCCCAGCCAGCAGCAGGCACCAACUGCCUGCACUCCCCAGCCUUGCCCCUUGCUGCCUCAGUGAGGCCUGGUGCCACUGCCCUGGUUGGCAGCUCAGGCUGCAGCAGGAAUGCCUCUCGGUGGCCAGAACCGCUGCUCUUCUCUCUCUCUCCAGCGUCACCCUGUGGCAGCGGACUGGAGCAGGGCCGGCGGCCUUCCUCUUCUCUCACAGGGUAGAGAGGCUGUAGGUCAGAGCUUACACUUGCCCUGAUCUCUGGGCUUGCACCCCUUCCAGGGAAGAAAAUGACCAAAUCCUUAUCCAGGAAAAAGCACCUGCCGCCUCCCCUUGGACAUCCGUGAGCUCUGCUUUAGGGAGUGUCGUAGAGGUUCUAGCCUUUGCGGAGUUGCUCUCUUGGAGGUCUGUUCUGAACUCAGAGUCCGCUCAGCCCCCACCCUCUGCCCUGACUCAGGUGGUCUGUGCUGACGGGUCUCCCCAGAGCUGAUCUCGCUUCCCCACUUUCCUGCUCCUGCAAGGGGGGGGGGGGGAGCUGUGCACACGGCCUCCUCCACCCAGCCCCGCCCUCAGAGUGCUCUGUGUUGCUCUUGACCCCGCCGCAGGCAGCGGAUGUGGCCCUCCCUUGGGGGAGGGCCUUGCUGCUUUACACUGGAAUAAGCCCAUCUCUGUCCCUACCUUCCGGCUACCAGGGCAUUCUAUGUGGGGGGAGGGGCGGGGAGAAUUUUAAAUUGCUGGGAGGAGAGCGUUGGCGGGCUCCUUCCGAGAAUCAUGGAAUGACAGAAGCAUGUUUAGGAAUUCUUUUCUCUGAUUCCUGUCUGUCGAUGCAGAACAGAUAUUUAUUGUCUUAGAUCAUGGAUUUCUGAUACCUCCUACUCAAGGGGAUCAAAAGGAACCCCACUGUAAAUUCCUCAUAAGGUGAGUUCAGUGUAUGUUGUCUCUCUCCACUCGUUGGACACCUGCCACUGAGCCCAUUGGUAGAUGGGGUGCUUGGUACCUGCUCCUGCAGUCUCUGCUGGCCGUUUCCCACAGGGUGGCUCAGGGCGCCAGCGCUGGGGCAGGAGACCAGCGGCUCCCUCCGCUGUGGUGUUGAGCCCGUUCACUUCUCAAACAUCAGUCUUUCUCCACUUCCCCAGGUCUUGGUUUUGAGAAACAGAGCAGGCUUUUUGUUCCCCGGCUUUUUUGUGUGUUUUGUUUGGGGCAUGUUAAAAUAUUUUUUAAGAUUUUUUUUUUUUUUAAGUUGUAUCCACUCUAUUUCAGGUUAUUUUUUGUUGAUGUCAAAUGUGUAUAUGACAUGUGUAUGGUUCUUUUUAACCCUUUCUGGUUUUUUUAAGAGGAAACUGAAGAUAAACUUCUUGAUAUUUUUUUUUUCUUUAGCAACUUGUUAUCACUGGAAUCAAAGGGAAAAGUGAUCUCUUUUUGCAUUGGUUGUAUUUGUAUGUCACAAAUAAAAGACACUUUGUUCAGCUGC